CAUGUGACUCUUCCCAUCGGUUGGGAUUUCUCUCUCGGCAUGGCGGAGAUGAUGGAGCUUGGUCUGCCGUCUAAUACCAUUUGUCUUUUACUGUGAGGAAGACACGGGUAUUUUGUUGUCGGUAAACCGUUCUGCGCCGUUCUUUCCCCCGGUUUCGGGCCAUAAUGGCAGAAUCCGGUGUGGAUGUGUCCGCUCUCCCACAAGAGGUCCGGGAGCAGCUCGCGGAGCUGGAUCUGGAGCUGUCGGAGGGUGACAUCACACAAAAAGGAUACGAGAAGAAGAGGGCCAAAGUUUUAGCACCCUACUUGACACAAACACAAAAUUUGGCUCCGCCUCCGGCCUAUGAUGCAGAGUCUCCUGGUCCAAGCUCUGCCUCCGCACCUGAACCUGGCCCUUCAAACUCAUCUUCCUCCUCUUCUCGCCACCGGCGCACACGGCGUCCACACCGGAGCGGUGGGACUAGAGAUGAACGCUACAGAUCAGAUAUCCACACUGAGGCAGUUCAGGCAGCUCUGGCCAAGCAUAAAGAGGAAAAGAUGGCACUGCCCAUGCCAACCAAACGUCGGUCCGCAUAUGUACAGUCACCAAUUGACAACUGCACCCCACCAGACUCCUCCUCUUCCUCUGAUGAUGAGGCCGUGUCAAGUGAAAGUGCAGAGCCUCAGCAGUCUCCAGACACCUGGAUUAAUAGCUCUCUGCACGGCUCCUCCACCUCCUCCUCUGCCUCCUCCACUCUCUCCCAUGGGGAGUCUCGGCCCACCCAGGCUCCUCAGCCUCAGUCUCAGCAGGUGCCACCUCCACCUCCACCCGCACCUGCCCACCCGCCCCACUCCUACUCCCAGCCCUCCGCCCUGGCAGAGGCCUUCGCUCAGACACGCAUCGAUCCGGUAGGAGUCGGGCCCCCUGAUAUGCCAUCCCAAGCUCAGGCCAGAGGCUCUCGUGUGGAUCUGCCACCCAACGCUGUGGUGCGAGGAAUGAGUCGAGGCCAGAGUCGGUCCAGCAUGAUGGAGACAGCAGACGUGAGAAGAGUUGGCAGAGGUGUUCCUGUGUCCAGUCGUGUGUCCACGAAGAUUCAGCAGCUGCUAAACACGCUAAAACGCCCCAAACGCCCACCGCUCAGCGAGUUCUUCAUGGAUGACCAAGAGGAGAUCGUAGAAGUUCCCCAGGCAGAUCCUAACACCCCGAAGCCAGAAGGCCGGCAGAUAAUCCCAGUGAAGGGGGAGCCGUUGGGUGUGGUCAGUAACUGGCCUCCUGCUCUUCAGGCAGCAUUAACUCGAUGGGGUGCCACACAAGGCAAAAGCCCGGCCCUCACAGCACUGGAUAUCACAGGAAAACCACUUUAUACACUUACGUAUGGGAAACUGUGGAGUCGUAGCGUAAAGCUGGCCUACACUCUCCUCAACAAGCUGGGAACCAAAAAUGAACAGAUCCUCAAACCAGGAGACCGGGUGGCGUUGGUGUAUCCUAACAGUGACCCUGCUAUGUUCUGGGUUGCGUUUUAUGGCUGUCUGUUGGCUGAAGUCAUUCCUGUGCCCAUAGAGGUUCCGUUGUCCCGAAAGGAUGCUGGGAGCAGCCAGGUUGGUUUUUUGUUAGGCAGUUGCAGUGUGGGUCUGGCUUUGACCAGUGAGAUCUGUUUGAAGGGUUUACCCAAGACCCCCACUGGAGAAAUAUUGCAGUUUAAAGGCUGGCCCAGGUUAAAGUGGGUGGUGACGGAUUCCAAAUACCUCACAAAGCCUUCGAAAGACUGGCAGCCUCACAUACCAACAGCCAACACAGACACGGCAUACAUAGAGUAUAAGGCCAGUAAAGAGGGCACAGUGAUGGGUGUUGCGGUUUCAAAAGUUGCCAUGUUAACACAUUGCCAGGCUCUCACUCAGGCCUGUAACUACUGUGAGGGUGAAACAAUGGUGAAUGUUUUGGACUUUAAGAAGGACAUGGGUUUGUGGCAUGGAGUUCUCACGAGUGUUAUGAACCGAAUCCACACUAUCAGUGUGCCAUAUGCUGUAAUGAAAGCCUGUCCACAGUCUUGGGUACAGCGAGUACACAUACACAAAGCACGGGUUGCCCUGGUAAAGUGUCGUGACCUGCAUUGGGCGAUGAUGGCUCACAGAGAUCAGAGAGAAACCAGUCUGGCCUCCUUGCGCAUGCUAAUUGUUGCUGACGGAGCCAAUCCUUGGUCCGUUUCUUCUUGUGAUGCAUUUUUAAACGUAUUCCAGGCUCAUGGUUUGAAGCCAGAGGUCAUUUGCCCAUGUGCUACGUCACCUGAGGCCAUGACUGUUGCCAUACGGAGGCCUGGAGUCGCUGGUGCUCCUCUUCCAGCAAGAGCCGUCCUGUCCAUGACUGGGCUGAGCCACGGGGUCAUCAGGGUCAACACUGAAGACAAGAACUCUGCUCUCACCGUCCAGGAUGUGGGACACGUCAUGCCCGGAGCAUUGAUGUGCAUUGUGAAACCGGAUGGACCGCCCAUGCUCUGUAAAACGGACGAGAUUGGAGAAAUCGUCGUGAACUCUCGUGCUGGUGGGAACAUGUACUAUGGCCUGUCUGGAGUCACUAAAAACACCUUUGAGGUUAUCCCAGUCAACGCUAGUGGCACUCCAAUUGGUGAAAUCCCAUUUGUGCGGUCAGGAUUACUGGGGUUUAUUGGACCGGGUAGUCUGAUAUUUGUGGUGGGUAAGAAUGAGGGCUUGCUAAUGGUUAGUGGUCGUCGUCACAAUGCUGAUGAUCUGGUAGCGACUGCACUAGCUGUGGAACCAGUCAAAACUGUGUACAGAGGAAGGAUUGCUGUGUUCUCAGUGACUGUGUUCUUUGAUGAGAGGAUAGUAAUUGUAGCAGAGCAGAGGCCUGAUGCCAGUGAAGAAGACAGCUUCCAGUGGAUGAGUCGGGUUCUUCAGGCAAUUGACAGUAUUCAUCAGGUGGGAUUGUAUUGUCUUGCACUGGUUCCUGCAAACACCCUGCCCAAAACUCCCCUAGGGGGCAUUCACAUCUCAGACACCAAGCAACUCUUCCUGGAGGGGGCGCUGCACCCCUGCAACAUCCUCAUGUGCCCCCACACCUGCGUCACCAACAUGCCCAAGCCACGUCAGAAACAACCAGUUGGUGUCGGCCCUGCCUCCAUCAUGGUGGGUAAUUUGGUUGCUGGGAAAAGAAUUGCACAGGCUGCAGGCAGAGAUCUGGGACUCAUAGAGGACCAAGACCUGGUCAGGAAGCUGUGCAUGUGGCCUACAAUGAUGCAUCAGUUCCUUGCAGAUUCUUUACAGUGGAGAGCACAAACCGAUCCUGACCAUACGCUUUAUGUACUUUUGAAUGCAAAGGGAGUGGCGGUAUGUACAGCUACAUGUGUUCAGCUUCAUAAAAGAGCAGAGAAGAUAGCCGCUGCUCUUAUGGAGAGAAGUGGUAUUAACAUCGGAGAGAAUGUGGUGCUUUUGUAUCCACCAGGUAUAGAUCUGAUCGCAGCAUUUUAUGGCUGUUUGUAUUCUGGUUGCAUUCCUGUCACCGUGAGACCUCCACACCCACAGAACCUCUCUGCCACUCUGCCCACUGUCCGCAUGAUCAUCGAUGUCAGCAAGGCUGCUUGCAUUCUCACUACUCAGGUUUUAACGAAGAUUCUCAGAUCUAAAGAAGCAGCAGCUACAGUCAACAUAAAAACAUGGCCCAUCAUAAUAGACACAGAUGACUUGCCUCGCAAACGACCUCCCUCAAUCUACAAACCGCCCAAUGCUGAGACGAUUGCCUAUAUGGACUUCAGUGUCUCAACCACGGGCAUGCUGACAGGAGUGAAGAUCUCUCAUGCGGCGGUGAGCGCUCUCUGUCGAUCUAUAAAGCUGCAGUGUGAGCUGUACUCCUCUCGCCAGAUCGCCAUCUGCCUCGACCCCUACUGUGGACUUGGUUUUGUGCUCUGGUGCCUUGCGAGUGUAUACUCCGGUCAUCAGUCCAUCUUGAUUCCUCCCAUGGAGCUGGAGAGCUCACUGACCCUGUGGCUGGGCACGCUCAGUCAGUACCGUAUCAGAGACACCUUCUGCUCCUAUUCUGUCAUGGAGCUCUGCACCAAGGGCUUAGGCGGACAGACAGACAUACUGAAGGCACGUGGUGUGAACCUGUCGUGUGUGAGGAGCUGUGUGGUGGUUGCUGAGGAGCGUCCACGCUUGGCUCUUACACACUCCUUCUCCAAACUGUUCAAAGACAUUGGACUCUCCAUGCGGGCUGUCAGCACCGCUUUUGGGUCGAGAGUAAACCUGGCCAUCUGCCUACAGGGCACCACUGGACCAGACCCCUCAACUGUGUAUGUGGACAUGAAGUCCCUCCGACAUGACCGGGUGAGGUUAGUGGAGCGAGGAGCACCUCAGUCUCUUCCUCUCAUGGAGUCUGGAACAAUUCUUCCUGGUGUGAGGGUGAUCAUAGUCAAUCCAGAAACUAGAGGACCGCUGGGGGACUCUCACCUGGGAGAGAUUUGGGUAAAUAGUCCACACAGUGCAACAGGAUACUAUACUAUAUACGGAGAGGAAAAUCUGCAGGCUGACCACUUCAACACUAAGCUGAGUUUUGGAGAUCCUCAGACGCUCUGGGCCAGAACUGGAUACCUGGGCUUUGUCAAGAGAACUGAACUCACAGACUCCAGUGGAGACCGCCAUGAUGCUCUGUUUGUGGUGGGCUCUCUGGAUGAGACUUUAGAAUUGAGAGGUUUGCGAUAUCAUCCAAUUGACAUCGAGACCAGUGUAUCACGCGCCCAUCGCAGCAUUGGUGAAAGUGCCGUGUUCACCUGGACAAAUCUGCUGGUGGUGGUGGCUGAACUCUGCGGAUCAGAGCAGGAUGCUUUAGACCUGAUUCCGCUGGUAACCAAUGUGGUAUUAGAGGAGCACCAUCUGAUUGUGGGUGUAGUGGUUAUCGUUGACCCUGGGGUCAUCCCCAUAAACUCCAGAGGAGAAAAGCAGAGAAUGCACUUGAGAGACUCCUUCUUGGCAGAUCAGUUGGACCCCAUUUACGUAGCAUACAACAUGUGAGCUGGGUAAUGGGCAAGACAAAGGCUUACUAGAUAGUUGCUAUGGAGCCUGGCCUCACAACUGGGAUUGGGUUCAAAUACAGGCAGACUUGGCCCUGUUUUUCAGGGAUGAGGUGUCAAUGGACAAAAAAUUACAAAAGUUUCUGGAGAAGAGAUACUGUAAUAGAAUUUCCCUUUUUUCUCACGUCCUUCACCCCCAGAAGCCCCUUUAUCUGCAAAAUGCCACUUACUGUCUGUCCAGUUCUUGGUCGUGAUUUAAAUUUACUUGAAUUACCUAACUGUUUUUUUCUACUCAAACGCAUUCCUUUCUAGCACUGACUAACUAGUGUUUUGUUUUUUGUUUUUGUUUUUUUAUUAAAAGGAGCUUAAAGCUUCAGUUUGUAAGUUUUCGCCUGGGUUGUUAAAUUCCAAAAUAUUUUGUUCUGAUUCCAAGUUUUUGGAAUCAAUGGAAACGAUUUCAGGACACAAUACUCAAAAUAACUUAGUGAAAAAAGGGAGAAAAAGUGAAAUAUUAAACAAAAAGUGCAAUAUAAACUGUAAUUUAUACUAUUAUGAUUGAUCAAAUAAAUUAUAGGAGGUCUUGAUGGAUGGACUACAAUAGACGUGAGUCACAAUGAUCAGUCACGUAUUUAUAUAGGUUUAGCAUUAUAAAUUCUGUAUCUUAGUUUUAAAUUAGUUUUGUUGCAACUCUUUUGGGAUGUUUAGCAGUGUGGUAAUUAAGGUAUUGAACGGACUAGGAAUGGAAGAUUAAUUCCUUUUAGGAUCUAGCAUUUCUAUAUACACAGAAUUGAUCUGCAACCCAGCUUAUAACACAGGGACGGUCCCUCCAGAGCAACCUGGGGUUAAGUGCCUUUCUCAAGGGCAGUAUUGAUUAUAGGACAUUUCCGUAAUGCUUCAGUUCAUAGAAUGCCCUUACCCAGGUUAAAACCCAGUUUCAUCCACCAUCAUUGUGGUUAAGACACAGAUGUGCUACAGAGACUGCAGCUGUCAGCUCAGUUUGCUCUGUCAGUUCUGGAAACAUUUAUCAUUUUAAAUCUUACCACUGGGGCUUUAAACAAAUUUAUUUCAGAUAUGGAGCUUUCCUGGUUACAAACUUACAUCUUUUAAUUUGUUUUAGUUCUACAGUAUUUACAGAACACAAUCUACAGUUGUACUAGACAAAAGUGCAAUGUGAUACACAAAAGUAUUUAACUUUUAUUUUUAUUUUGAUCUAUAUUCAUCAGGUUAAGAUGGUUCACAACCAUUUUAAUUAUGAAUUACUUAGUUUUGCAAUUAGUGAGUUUGAUUAAUUGAAUGUUAGCCAUCCAUAUAUAUAUAUAUAUAUAUAUAUAUAUAUAUAUAUAUAUAUAUAUAUAUAUAUAUAUAUAUAUAAUACACUGAACAACCUCACUCCUUCAACUCCCCCAAGUUCAGCAAGAGGAUAAUCAACCCUAUUAUUUUUAAUUUUUUAUCAGAUAAAUGCAGAUACAUUCUGUAACAUAGAUUAUUAAUAUCUGUCAACAAGGGCAAAUGUGUAGUAUUAUUUAUUACUUGCAUUAUUGAGUAGCAUGUGACUUACACAAAAAAAGUGCUGGCACAUAAAAAAAAAAAAAAAACAUUUUUGGGACUUUAUGCCCAGUCUAACCUCAAUGCCUACAUUUACAGAUCAUACAUUCCUUGAGUUCACUUCUCACCAUAUAACAGUAGGAAACACUCAUAUAGACAAGAGCAUUCACCAAAUGCAGACCUCUUCAUCACACAUCAAGCCCAAACCAAACACAAACUGAGGUACGUAUACCUCUAUUUUUGCUCUCAUCUAAAGGUGCUUAUACACGUCAGGACAAGCCAUUUAAAUCUCUGAAUGGCAAAAAAAAUAAAAUAAAAAUCCAGGCAUCUGUACAAUAAAACAAAACAACUGUAAAAUAACACGACUCUCUGUACAAGCAAGCCCCUCGUGAACAUCUAACUGUACAAAGGCAUAGAUUUUACAUGUUCUCCUGUACUAUAGACAUUUUUACUAGGAAUGACUAACUUCUUUUAAAGCAUAAAUAAUUGUAAAUAAUUGCUUGUGUACAGAUGCAAAAUUGUACUGUUCUGUAAGUAAGUUGCUGUAUUCUGUUAAGUUUUUGAAUGAAUAUGAAUAUUAACUACUGUCACUGACAUCCCUUCGCAGCUGAGUGGGGAUCUGCAGUUGAAGACUUAUAGUAAAUAGCUUGCUGUUUCUGUUUGGUCAUUUCCAGUUGAUUAGAAAUGUGAUGGGUGUUCAGAUCUCUCUGUCAUGCAUUUCUUUUUAUAAUUCAGAUUCAGAAAUCUUACAGUAUGUACAAGUCUUGAAGAUGUAAGCAUGAUAAAGUCAAGCACUGUGGGGGUUUGAAAGACUAUUUUCAGAGUCCUUACACAACUGAUCACUACAGUGUGUUCGCCUAACCUCAUUCUGGGGUUGUGUACGUAUGUGUAUGUAUGGCCACAGCUUUGAAAGGUCAUUUGAUUGUUGAUGAGUUCCACACCUUUACCCAAAUCAGAAACGCUGUCAUUAAAUAUAUUCUCUCAUUCUCACUGUUAUUAAUGGAAUCAUAGCUGGGUUUAUGUGAUGUAAGCACAAGCGAGUGAAUGAGCUUUUUACAUGGGGCAUUCAGGGAAAUAGUGCUUUCCAGGACGGAGAGGAUAUUCAUUUAUAAAUAUUCACUUUCAUGUUUGCAAUGAUUUUGUUCUUAAAAUAAAAAGAUUUUAGUUGUCAUUUACAUAA